AUGUCAGUGACCGCUCACCAGGCAAAAAGUGACAAGCUCACCCUCUAUGCAUUCACUGGCUCGCAGUGGGCCUAUGUGCCUCUGAUGGGUCUUCGUGAAAAUGGCUAUGGGCCUGACGAGUAUGAGAUUGUCGAGAUUGACCUUGUGACAGCACAGAACUUCAAACCGGACUACCUACAGAUCAACCCAAAUGGCACGGUCCCUUCGCUGAUUGCACCAUCCCUUGCGAAGCCGCUGGUCGACAGCGUCGAGAUCCUCGAAUACCUCGAUCGAUCCCGCCCGGACACAACCUCGUUGACACCAGGUGAUUCCUCUGGCAGGGAACGUGUACGGGAACUGAUCGAGCUUGUUCACUCCGCCCAGGUGGACACUAAUAUAAUUCUACUGCAGGGACGCAGCCAGGACGAGCUAGAAGAAAAGAAGAAGUGCCCGUGGAUGACAUUCCUCUCCAACCGUCAGGCGGUGCUGGAAAAGUACCGCGCCGAAGAUUUUUCUCAUCCAUUAUAUGAGCGCAAAGCAGCGGAGAAUGGAGCGCUUCUUCGGCUAUAUACUACUGGCCCGUCCCAAGAGCAUAAUGAGUUCUUCGAACGCACACAAUCCCAGUACCGCGAUUUUGCAGCAGGUCUCGAUCAUCUCGACUCGUUACUCGUACUCCCGUAUGCGGCGGGCUCUUCGGUUACUGUAGCUGACUUGCAUAUUGUGCCCUGGCUGGCGCAUGCAAUGUGGGGAGCGGGAGGGCACGAGGUUGACGACUUUGAGUCCCUGGAGAUGUUGAUCCAGCAUUCUGUGCCUGGGUUCCGGAUUGGCGAGAGGAUCAAAGAGUGGUGGGCGAAUAUGAGCAAGAGGGAGUCUUUCAAGCAGUGCUAUCCUGCUCUCCACUGA